AUGCUUGCUCGAUCCGGACAACAGAUUGGACUCCAAUAUGAUAGCUGGCAUAAAGUGCCAAAAACAUUGAAGGAUGAAUUGUUGACAUUUAUUGAGUUACGAUUUUCUCUUGAAAUUUCAAGAGAGUAUGUGCUCAAAUCUUUGGGGAAGAAAUGGAGAGAUUACAAGCAUGAUCUAAAAACAAAACAUUUCAGACGAGAACAAGGACUACUGGCAAACAAGGAUAAACAUCCAAGUGGUACUAUUCGAUGGCAAUGGGAGCAAUUGAUUGAUUUUUGGAUUCAGAAAAACUUGCGAUUGCUAGUAGAAAGCAACAAAAAUAUACGCAUACUUCUUGAUCAAAGAGAGACUAGCAGUGGAAGAAAAGUAGGACGCCUUGAACUUUUUCGAGCAACCCAUACUAAGAAGGAUGGCUCUCACAUGAAUAUGGAGACCGAACAAAUUAUGGAGAAGGCAAAUGAGAAAUUGGCUGGAUGUCAAACAAUAGAUGAAGAUAUGCAAAUUGUUGAAACUGAGAUUUUGACACAAGUUAUUGGAAAAGAACGAUGUGUCCGAGUAAGAGGACAUGGGUUAGGUCCAACACCCAAAAGCUAUUAUGGAGGUCCAAGAAACCGAAAUCCUACUAACUCAAACACUCAAUCAAGUGAAUUUGUGGAGCGAAUUCAACAAAUGGAACAAGAAAUGGAACAAAUGAAAAGAGAGCGUGCACAAGAACGAGCUGAACAUGAAUGCCAAUGUACUCAAUACAAUGCUCUACUAACUUUUUUACAAAAUCAAUAUCCUGGAGUUACUAUACCUGGAAUUAACAAUACUGGCUCAUCUUCACAUGCGCAGGAACAAUCUUCUGGAGAUCAGUAA